AUGGACACAAGUUCUGGGUAUCGGAAGCUGUCAUCAUGUAUCGCUUACUCAAUCCGACUUGCGCAGAAGACACCGAAUCGAGAAGUAUCAUACUGCUUGCGAAGGGCUCUUCAGCACCUUGUAUCAGCACCAUGUACGCUGAAACGUCAAAUCUGCUUGUACGAUGGACUGGGCUUGGAUUGCAAACAACCCAGACUCAGUCCAUCCAACAAUAUGUCAGUUGGCGUGUCUCAACGUGAAGGGGCCCAAGAUUCUCCUGCAGAGCGCCGGUUGAAAUGUGGAGAUGCCCCGAUGCAAGGACGGGUCGCUAACACUGGCACCCAAACUUCGGAAGAGCUGGUCUCGCAAGCUGAGUGCGCAGCUUUGUUGGAAAGUGUGUUCCGGCAAGUGCAGUCCUCCACAGAUGCGCUGAUGGCAAGGCUGGAAAGACUGGAGCACCAAGACAUGGUGCGGAAUGGCUUCGGACAGGGCAACAGUGUGGAUGCCAAUAACAACGCUGGUGCUGGGAAUCACAGUCAACAUGGGGACCUUGAAGAACACCUGCAGAUUGGCCGUACGCAGAAAGCCCCUCAGCCACUUUCAGAUUCGCAUCAACGAGAUGGUGCCCUCGGCCAUUGUCGGCAGACGGGGCGCACGCAGGGAACUCCUCAGUCACUUUCUGAUGCUAGUUCACAUCGACGAGAGGUUGCCCUCCGCCGCUGUCAAGUCCUCUUACCCAUAGACGAGCUGAGGCGCAGGCUAUCGUCCAUGUCUGAUGACGAACUGUGA